AUGCUUCAGAAUAACCUUCAGAAAAAGGCUCCAUUAGCUGAUGAGAUGCUCCGUCUCGCCUCCAGUUUCCUCUUUCUAUUUAAUCUAAUUUGUCUUUUCCCACCUCUGCUUCUUGUCUUGCAGCAACGUUCGCCCGGUAAAGUGCUGUUCGACCUGGUGUGCGUGCAUCUCAACCUGUCGGAGGGAGAUUACUUCGGGCUGGAGUACCAGGACCAGCGCAAGAUGACGGUGUGGCUGGACCUGCUGAAGCCGACGCUGAAGCAGAUCAGACGACCUAAGAACACCAUCCUUCGCUUCGUGGUGAAGUUCUUCCCUCCCGACCACACGCAGCUCUUGGAGGAGCUGACUCGGUAUCUGUUCGCCCUGCAGAUCAAACGCGACCUGGCCUGCGGUCGGCUCAUCUGCAACGACACCAGCGCCGCCCUCAUGGUGUCCCACAUCAUCCAGUCCGAGAUCGGAGACUUCGACGAGACCCAGAGCUGGCAGCACCUCCUCCACAACAAGUACCUGCCCGACCAGGACGCCAUCAGGGACAAGAUCACCGACUGCCACCGCAAGCACGUCGGCCAGACUCCGGCGGAGUCCGACUACCAGCUGCUGGAAAUCGCCCGCCGGUUGGAGAUGUACGGCGUCCGCCUGCACCCGGCCAAGGACCGAGAGGGAACCAAGCUCAGCCUGUCUGUGGCCCACACCGGGGUGCUGGUUUUCCAGGGCUACACGAAAAUUAACGCCUUCAACUGGUCCAAGAUUCGCAAACUCAGCUUCAAGCGCAAAAGGUUCCUGAUCAAGCUGCGAGCCGACCCCGCUCAGAACGCCCAUCACGACACGCUGGAGUUCGCCAUGGCCAGCAGGGAUUGCUGUAAGAUCUUCUGGAAGAUCUGCGUCGAGUACCACGCCUUCUUCAGGCUCUUCGAGGAGCCCAAGCCCAAACCCAAGCCCAUCCUGUUCACCAGAGGGUCCUCGUUCCGGUUCAGCGGUCGAACCCAGAAGCAGAUCAUUGAUUACGUGAAAGACUCUGAGCUCAAGAAGGUUCCCUUUGAAAGGAAGCACAGUAAGAUCCUGUCCAGCAGCAGCAUGUCUCCGCAGUCGUCCUCCUUCAGAUCGCAAGUGCCAAGAGAGAGUGCCAUGUCGGUCCAGAUAGCAGACCAGCCCGACUCGGCUAGACUGGUCCAUCAAGCUGAACUUAAUGGUUCAGAGGAGCCACCGGCGGUCGCACAUCCCACCAACGGUUUCCACGACAUAUCGGCGGCACCCAGCUCAGACCCAACUCAGCCCCGACAGAACCACCACCACGGCAUGGACCCGCAGCUCCUCAACCCAGGAAGUCCCAGUUCGCAGGACUCUCCGAUGGGAAGUCCCCGCGUGGUGGUCAACGGCAACGGCUCGGUGAACGGGGAGGGCGUCGCCGACGUCCUGGGUCCGGGGCAGAUCCCCGAGGGUCAGCAGCUAUCGCCGCUCACCAGCCCGCUGCUCACUGAAGCUGGAUACGUCCGCAACGAGGAUGAAGACGAGGCGAGGAGGAAGAAGUUUCCCACAGACAAGGCCUACUUCAUAGCAAAGGAACUGUUGACCACGGAGCGGACCUACCUCAAAGACCUGCAGGUCAUCACAGAGUCCUUCCCGAGCGCCGUGGGCAAAGACGAGGCGUUUCCAGAGUCCGUAAAGAGCCUGAUCUCGGCCAGCUACGACCCGGUCUACAGCUUCCACCAGGGGUUCCUCAAAGAGACGGAGCAGCGUCUGGCUCAGUGGGAGGGCCGGUCCAACGCCCACAUUAAAGGAGACUAUCAGCGAAUCGGUGAUGUUCUACUGAAGAACAUUCAGGGCCUGAGGCAGUUGACGGUUCAUCUGCAGAAACAUUCAGAGUGUCUGGUGGAGCUGGAGCGGGCCUGUAGGUCCAGUCGGAAGGUGGAGUCUCUGUGCCGGGACUUCGAGCAGCAGCGGGUUUGCUACCUUCCCCUCAACAUCUUCCUCCUGAGGCCGCUCCACCGCCUGCUGCACUACAAGCUCAUCCUGGAGAGGCUCUGCAAGCACUACCCGCCCACCCACGACGACUUCAGGGACAGCAGAGCCGCCCUGGCCGACAUCUCCGAGAUGGUGCUGCAGCUUCAGGGCACCAUGAUGAAGAUGGAGAACUUCCAGAAGCUGUUGGAGCUGAAGAAAGAUCUGACCGGCAUCGACAACUUAGUCACUCCUGGAAGGGAGUUCAUCCGGCUCGGCUGCCUCAGCAAGCUGUCGGGGAAGGGCCUUCAGCAGAGGAUGUUCUUCCUGUUCAGCGACUCCUUGGUGUACACCAGUCGAGGGAUGACCCCGUCCAACCAGUUCAAGGUCCACGGACAGCUGCCCCUCUACGGCAUGACGAUCAGAGAAAGCGAGGAGGAGUGGGGGGUCCCUCAUUCGUUCACCUUGUUCGGCCAGCGCCAGUCGGUGGUGGUGGCGGCCAGCUGUGCGUCAGAGAUGGAGCGCUGGGUGGAGGACAUCAGGAUGGCCAUUGACCUGGCGGAGCAGAGCAGCAGCCCCUCCACCGAUCUGCUCUCCACCAGCCUCUCCGACAACAAGCUCUCUGAGGACGGCGGCGGCGAGCAGGAGUCGGAGGAGGAGCUCUGCGGCUCGCGUUCGUCUCUAGAGCGCCAGGGUCACCGCGGCAACACCACCGUGCACGUGUGCUGGCACCGCAACACCAGCGUCUCCAUGGUGGACUUCAGCGUUGCCGUGGAGAACCAGCUCUCGGGAAACCUGCUGAGAAAGUUCAAGAACAGCAACGGCUGGCAGAAGCUCUGGGUGGUGUUCACCAACUUCAGCCUCUUCUUCUACAAGUCGCACCAGGACGACUACCCUCUGGCCAGCCUCCCUCUGCUCGGCUACUCCGUCACCGUCCCAUCGGAGUCGGAAAACAUCCACAAGGAUUACGUCUUCAAGCUCCACUUCAAAUCCCACGUCUACUAUUUCAGAUCAGAAAGCGAGUACACCUUUGAACGGUGGAUGGAGGUGAUCCGAAGCGCCACCUGCUCCGCCAGCCGCUCGCUGCCCGCCACCAGGAAAGACCUUUACUGACGAAAAGACUCGCUGCGCCCACAGGAAGCGGCGGCCGCUCCGGCAGACACUAAUUAAUACCUCUGACUGGCUGAUUCGCACUCGUUCCACUCAGAGGUCCUCCCACUCCGCCUCCUCCUCCACCCUCCCUCUGAUUACACACUUUCCACACCACUAGAUUAGAGCCGAGCCGUCGCGUCAUUAUUGUGUUCGGUGCCAAACUGGAAGCACAGAAUCUCGGUGUUUUAUUUCCUUCACAAGUGUCGUUCACAUGCACACGCCCACCGGACCACAGCUUCAUAUACGGAGGGCUUUUAUUUUUAUCAUAAAGAGUUUGUGCACCAUGUUGCUCACCUUUCUAUAUGUGUGCAUGUGGACACACUUUUUUAAAACCAUCGGUGUCACAGUCUCGACAUAGUUUGAUGAUUUGAACACAGAAAUCAUCUUUUCCUUUUUUGUAAGGCGACUUUGUUUUGUACAGUCCUUUGAUACACUGUGAAAUGUUCUUCUCAAUCAUUUUUUCUUUGUCGUUGUUGUUUUUCUUCUCGUCUUGUUUAAGAGGACAGAGCUGAUUUUGAACCUGCUUCCAAAGCCAACUGAGAUUUUUUGCUGGUCGAUCGCCAACUUACCUUCUCUUCAGUAUUCCUCCAGCUUUCUGGAUUUUACUCUUUUGAAUAAAGAUGAGACAAAGAUGUGUUCAUAUGAAAAAAAAAGAAAAAGACGUUA